GCACUUGUGUUCUUAUUCACCAUUUUAAUUCAAUUACAAAAAGUUCACUUUUAAAAAUAAUAAAAUAGAAUUCUUUGUGAUUCAGUUAUAUAUGUAUAAAAAAUUAUCUGCUAUCAAUAGUAAUACUUCAUUACCUGCUGAUGUGUCUUAUCUCUUCCACAUAUUCUCAAUUUCUCUCGCCCUCUGGUCCGCCGCUAUUCACCCUCUCCUCAGCCGCAAACCACAUCAUCGAUACAAUACAUAUAUGAUAUACAUAUGUAUUUUUAUUUUAUUUUAUUAUUUUUUUAAUAAAACAAAUAAGCAUUUUUAUUUUCUUUAACUUCUCUCAUCAGUUUGUCAUUAUUCUCUUCUCUUAGUUUUGGGAAAUUCUAUCCAGCUAUGAUGUAGUUUGUUUGAAAAUCUUAACAUUGUUAUUGCCAUCGUGUCGAGAUAUCCAUAUCUCUCCAAUUGAGGCUUUGAUCGAGUGUAUCAAGAGAUCGAGUAUCUCCGUUUGAUUGGUGGUUUGUACAAGGGGUAUAUAUCCGUUGGAAUGGAUUGCUUCGACUCACACAUUCUCUAUCUCACACUUACAUAUCAUUUAGCGAGUUGUUUGUUGUCCAGAGUGGUGUGCAGUUUGGUUUUGCGUGUUCUUCUCGUUGGUAUGUUCAUCAAGUGCUUUGUUGGUGGUUCACCAUGGCUCAUUUGUCGCUUAACAAAGGCAAAGCUCAUUUUUAGGAGGUUGCCACUUUAAGAGCAAUAGCUAAGAAGGUUGGUAUACUUAGGGAAAUUGAUGAGGAUUUUGUGUGACUGUUAAUGGUUUUAAUCCUCUCCUCUUCUAGCUGGUUGUCCCUUUUGAUACUGGUGAUGAGGUCAUUGUUUCUAUUGAGUAUGAGAAGCUGGUGGGAUUCAGCGAGCAUAGUUGUCGUCUUACUCAUGAAAUGAGAGGGUGUCCAGAGUUGCGAAAGGGGUCCGGUGAGCAGGUUGUGGAGCAUCAAGCGGAUAAGAGGGGUGGUCAAAGACAUCAUUUACAAAUUAAACAAGGAGGAUAUCAUAACGAAGGUGGAUGGGAGAAACCAAGAAAGAAUGUUAAGAGGGCCCUUGAUUUUCAGAUUCAGGAGUCUAGUGUUGGUGACUUCGGUCCUUAUGGUUCUCGACAUCAAGAGAGGUCUAAUGGUUCAGUUUGGGGUCAGAAGAAACAGUUCAAUGCAGUUGAGUCCAGUGGUUUUGGUGGUCAGCGAAGAUCACAUAUGUUAAAUGGUGACUCUUUAGGGCAGGCUCCUUUAUUCAAUCUCAACCACAAGGGUUUGGUGCCGGUGUGGCCCAAGCCUUUGUAUAAGGCUAAACAAAGUGUCACUGAGAAGGGGUUACAGGAGGAGGACAUUGAUGAGCAAGUGGUUUCCGAUUCUCAGGUUGUUUCGGAUAUUGGGGGUGUCACACACAACGGGUCUAUUAAGGACUUGGGGGAGAGGUAAUUUAUGGAGGAGACUGACGAUUUGUUGGAGGAUGGUGUGUAUCCGGAGGGUUGUGGUUCGGAAAUGAUUGAGGAUGGGUCGGGUAAGGAGGCUAUGCCUAUUUCGGAACAGGGGUCCGACCAUCAAAUUGCCACAUAUGGUCCCCCACGUACCUCUCUUAUUUCAGUUCCGGUUGAUCUUGAUUUGGGCUUGGUUAAUGGUGCUAUGGCUGAUAUUACUUUAGGGGAACCAAAUACUCAUAGAUGGAGGUUUAGUAGUCCCCAUGUUAAAAAGGGUUAGUGUUCCUAGGAUGGUCGCUAUGGCUAUGGCUUCUCCUGGGAAACGUUUGUUAGCUAAGGAUUUGUCUAAACCUCCGGGUGCGGGGAACAAACAGAAGGGGCUAGGGUGGUCGUCAAAUCAAGAAAAUGACUGAGUUGGAAUUGUCAGGGCAUUGGGGCAGACAUGACAGGAUUACUUGGGAGAUUUGUGGAGGAAGCAUGCUUCUUCCAGACAUUUUAUUUAUAUCAGAAACAAGGAAAUGUUUUUCUUAUUUACAAAAAUUUUAGAAUCAGUUUGGUUAUAAUAAAUUGUAUACCGUUGAACCCCACGGAUCUAAUGGUGGUUUAGCUUUAUUUUUCAUUGAUGAAAUAAAACUUUUAAUUCUCUAUGA